GUUGACAUCGCUUACAAUCGGAAGUACAUGGAAUGAACGGUGUUUGGAUUUGAGUUUUAAAGAUUAAGGAGACAGGAUAAUCAUAAGAAGCGGAAAAGCAAAACAUUUACGAAAACGGAAACUGAAACUUAAAUCUAGCCGGGCAACUAUUAAACAGGCUCACGGACAAUGGCGUCAAAUUCAUAUAGAAAUCGAGGCAUCUUACGAAUUGUAUUUCUUUUUACAGUUAUAUGUAAAAUAGGUGCAGAGUAUAAUAACCCCUGCUGUUCCUUCCCAUGUGAAAACAGAGGGGUAUGUCUUACUCAGGGUUUCAAAGAAUAUACCUGUGAUUGUGCCAACACAGGUUACUAUGGAGACCAUUGUGAAAUUCCAACCUUCUGGCUGAGGAUAAAACUAUGGCUAAAGCCAGGUCCAUAUACAACUCACUAUUUACUAACGAACUUCCAAUGGAUGUGGAAUAUCAUCAACAACACAUCUUUUAUGAGGAACUUUAUCAUGAGAAGCGUAUAUCUAGUGAGAAACAGCGUGAUAGACAGCCCGCCAUUGUUUACAUCCGGACAUGAAUAUGUCACGUGGGAGUCGGCCGCAAACUUGUCAUAUUACGCUAGAACGUUGCCUCCUGUGCCUAGAGACUGUCCAACACCCAUGGGUGUUAAAGGGCCAAAGACUCUUCCUGAUGUUGAACUCUUCCGAAAAUUCUUUGUGAGGACCAAGUUCAAACCGGAUACCAUCAAUACAAAUGUUCUGUUCGCGUUCUUCGCUCAGCAUUUUAGUCAUAUGUUCUUCAAGACUGAUUUGAAGAAAGGGCCUGGUUUCCAAUGGGGAGGUCAUGGAAUUGAUGUUUCACAUAUAUAUGGGCCAGAUGUGGCAUCCUCGAAUAAACUCAGAACAUUCCAAGAUGGAAAGCUAAAGUAUCAGAUGGUUAAUGGUGAGAUGUGGCCACCAUUACUGAAAGAUGCCCCAGUCACAAUGACAUAUCCUCCAAAUGUAAAACCAGAAGAUAAGCUAGGCCUUGGUCAUGAGUUCUUUGGGAUGUUACCAGGUCUGGUGGUAUUCUCCGCCAUCUGGUUGCGGGAACAUAAUCGUGUUUGUGAUGUCAUGCGAAUUGAGCAUCCUGAGUGGACUGAUGAGCAGUUGUUUCAGACCACAAGACUUAUCAUUAUAGGUCAGACCAUCAACAUUGUUAUCAGGGACUAUGUUCAACAUUUGAGUAAUUACAACCUUCAGCUGUUUUUCAAUCCGGAACUACUUUUUGGAUAUCCUUUCCAAUAUCAGAACCGAAUUACUGUGGAAUUUAACCAUCUGUACCACUGGCAUCCGCUUAUGCCUGAUGAUUUGGAGAUCAAUGGGACGAAAUACACAGCUCAGCAAUACGUUUUUAAUGCUGAGAUGCCAUUGAAACACGGUAUGAAGGAAAUGGUGGAUUCCUUCGUGAAACAACGAGCCGGCUCUGUAGAACCUAAUAAUCACCCAGAAAAUACUAUACACGUUGCCUUAGAAACCAUAAAACAUGGCCGUGAAUUACGGAUGCAGCCUUUCAACAACUACAGAAAGCGGUUCAAUUUGCCAGUUUAUAAAACCUUUGAGGAACUCACAGGAGAAAAGGUGUUAGCCACUGAACUCGAACAGCUUUAUGGGGACGUUGACGCUGUCGAGUUUUACGUUGGUAUUUUGCUCGAACGGCACGUGAAUGGAGGUAUGCUAGGACAGACCGUCAUAGAGUUGGGCGGUCCCAAUUCUGUAAAGGGACUCAUGUCUAACCCAAUAUGUAGUCCACUGUACUGGCGGUCGUCGACAUUUGGAGGUGAUGUUGGCUUCAAUUUGGUGAAAGACUCAACUCUUCAAAAACUAUUUUGCAUGAACAUGAAUGGAUGUCCAAGAAUAGCUUUUAGCGUGCCGCUCAAUGACGAUGGAAAAACAGAUUCAAUGCAAGAUGAACUAUAGUCUACUAUGAUUUCAGACUCAAUAGUCCAGUCCUGUAAAUUAUACCACCUAAUUAUAAAAUCAUUUUUUCAUCGAUUGUAAUUAUAUGUUGUUUUUAAAGCAUAGAAUUUGUUCAAUAAAGCCGGCGGCCAUCUUGUUUUUUGCUCAGGGUAAGGCCAGAUCGAUAUCAAGUUUAAUUUUGAAGAUUUUAAAGAUG